CUGCUUGAAUGCGGCAUUAAUUCUGGCACAGUUUGGGAUUCAUUGGAUUUGUUUCUUUAUUUAAACGAUGUCAAAAAUUAUUCACACGUUUAAAGGUGACGGAGAGAUGAAUCAUAAUUCUACUUGUGCAUACUUUAUGAACUGGUGAAUUUCAAGCAUGAGCUCUGAUGCAAAGACGUGUCAUAACACCUUGUCAAAAAAUGAAAGAAAAACUAAAACUUGUAGUGGGAGAUGAAGCAAACACAGACCCAUCACAGGAGAGUUGGUGCAGUGCGUGAGACGGUGAAAAUUACACAUCAAAUGUGAGAUAUCGUUUUAUAUAUUUGUGUGAGAAUCAUUCAUACAAAGAAUACCAAAACCUGGAUUGACUAUGAUAAAUAGUUCUGUACCAGCAAAACAGCCAACUCUUGUUUACAAAAAUGUGCCAAAUUAUUCGGAUCUCUUGAAAAUAUUCGAAAUUCCCAUUACUAGUGAAACACAAUGACGGAAGCUGGGAAGCCUCUGAUUGGCUAAUGCUUCUGCAGUGGGCACAGAAGACGGCUUGUGAUUGGAUGGUUUUCGUCCUGGCAUCGUUCCUUGGGCUGGCGGUGGUGACCCAGCAAGAAGCUAGAGUCAGUCUGAACGUCGAGGGAGCCAUGUUGAUGCCUGUUUUUGUGUCAAACGGUACAUUUUCGAUGGUUAAAGGACUACGUCUGAAAGACGGGAAGCCAGAGCGGUGAUUUCCCAACCGCUAUGAGAAGAGAGGACCUGGCUGGAAUGGUACAGAGCGUGCCUGAAGAGCGCUGGGUUUAGGUCACUGAGCAGCUGAUUCAAAGCAAAUGAAGUUGAUGCUAGUUAGCUUGGUAGCCAGGUAGCAACAGCUGUGCGGACGCUGCGUGGGAUGCGGCUUUUGGACUCUUGCAAUACAGUUUCUCAGCUUGUUGCAUUCUGCUGAACGGACGCUCGCCAGGCUUCUUGGGAAACACUCAACGAAGCGACGACGAGGCUGUUGGGUUAGCGCUGGCUUUAUAAAAGAUGGCUUUGUAAAGCUAGCUAACGUUAGCAUGCUGACAAUCAGUCCGCAUCUUUCGUCACGACUGUUUGCUAGCUGAUGGGGUUCUAACUUAUCCUUUCUCUGGGGCAGUUUGCCACUAGUUUGGAGGAAAAACAGCUUCAAUAGGCCAAACAUAAUUAUGGUGGUGAAUUCAGUCUCCGGGCAAAACUACCUGUUCGCCUUCCCAGCCUGCCGAUGAGCAGCUAACGGGCUUAGCAGCAGAACUUUGCUCCGACGGGUGUCUCUCACAAGCUGCAGAGCCCUCUCUCGCUCGCUAGCCGAGCCUUUACCUGAAGCAAGCUGGCGGCCCUCCGGGUAGAAGCCGAGGACAAGGAGCUGGGGUCCAUGGCCUGGGUGCUGAAGAUGGACGAUGCCACCAUCGAGUCGGGGCUGGUGCAUGACUUCGAUGCUAGCCUGUCUGGCAUCGGACAGGAGCUCGGAGCUGGAGCUUACAGCAUGAGCGAUGUGCUGGCUCUGCCCAUCUUUAAGCAGGAGGACUCCAACCUUCCACCUGAAAGCAAGACCAAAAAUCCCCCAUUCCAGUAUGUGCUGUGCGCCGCCACCUCGCCUGCUGUCAAGCUGCACGACGAGACGCUCACAUACCUAAACCAAGGCCAGUCUUAUGAGAUCCGCAUGUUGGACAACAGGAAAGCAGGGGAGUUGCCAGAGCUCAACAACAAGAUGGUGAAGAGCACAGUACGGGUAGUGUUUCAUGACCGGCGGCUACAGUACACGGAGCACCAGCAGCUGGAGGGCUGGAAGUGGAAUCGUCCUGGGGACCGUCUUCUUGACAUUGAUAUUCCCAUGUCAGUGGGCAUUAUUGAGCCCAAGACUCACCCCUCCCAGCUCAACGCUGCAGAGUUUCUGUGGGACAUGAACAAAAGAACGUCUGUUUUCGUUCAGGUGCACUGCAUCAGCACGGAGUUCACCCCCAGGAAGCAUGGCGGAGAGAAGGGCGUCCCGUUCAGGAUCCAGAUCGACACGUUCACCCAGGGAGACGGUGGAGAGUACACGGAGCACCUCCACUCUGCUUCCUGUCAGAUUAAAGUUUUUAAGCCAAAGGGGGCGGACCGUAAGCAGAAGACUGACAGGGAGAAGAUGGAGAAGCGCACCCCUCAGGAGAAGGAGAAGUACCAACCCUCCUAUGAUACCACUAUUCUAUCAGAGACGAGGCUUGAACCCAUCAUAGAAGAUUCGGGUGACCAUGAGCUGAAAAAGUCCAGCAAGCGGACACUUCCCGCUGACUGUGGCGACUCCUUGGCCAAGAGAGGCAGUUGCUCCCCAUGGCCAGACGCCGCCUACACCAGCACCAGCCAGGCAGCUACCCCGUCCUUCACCUCCACCCCACUUUCCACCUACACAACCUCCUCGGUGCUGGACAGUGACUCAUCCUCACCCAAUCAUCAAGCAGAUCCUGGUUGCCAUGGCAACUCGGAGAAAAUUGAACUCGGUGUUGAAGUCGUUCUGUCUCGUCUGCAGCAACUGAGCCCCACUGCCUCCAUACAGGACGCUCAGAAGUGGCUGUUGAAGAACCGCUUCAGCUCCUACACUAGACUCUUCUCUCAUUUCUCAGGUUCUGAUUUAUUGAAGUUAACCCGGGACGACCUGGUCCAGAUUUGUGGGCCGGCAGAUGGAAUCAGACUCUUCAAUGCUCUCAAGUCCAGGUCAGUGCGUCCCAGAUUGACGGUGUACAUCUGUCAGGAGUCUCCUCAAGGGAGCCCCCUGCUGGAGAGACACUGCACAAUAGAAAAUGGAGAACACCGGAGCUCUGCUAGUUUACACGUAUACCACGCUCUGUACUUGGAGGAGCUCACAGCUGCAGAACUCAUCCGUAAGAUUGCAUCUGUGUGCGACAUUCCGUUGGGAAGGAUCCACCAGGUGUACAGGCAGGGUCCGACAGGCAUACACAUCCUACUAAGCGACCAGAUGGUUUACAACUUGUCUGACGAGAGCUGUUUUUUGAUCAGCACUGUCAAAGAUGAGUUGGGCGAAGGACUUCAUCUAAUCUUGAAGUAGCGAGGAGCACAGAUGGCGUCACUAAUACUCCACCCUCUGCUUUGGAGCAGAAGCCUCCUUCUGUCGCUCUGCAUCCUCCCCGACUCUCUCUAGCGAUCGCUUGAUGGAAAGCAGAGUGACUGCGCCGAAGCCAUGUAAAUGUUAGAAUCUGACACGGGUGUGUCCACUGUUUCAUAUUGAAAACAUUAUUAAGAUGAAGGAGAUCGGUUAGGAGAAGAGAUUGGGGAGGAUUUGAGAUCAGGGGGCAGUUAACAUUGUUCAAUGUAUUUUGAUUUAAUUUUAAUUGGUUUUGUCUUUUUUUUUUCUUUUUNUAUAUAUAUAUAUGGUUUCUGUGUGGAGGUGGAAGGGUGGAGGCUCCAAGGGAGUGGGGUGGAUGGUGCUCUGGCAUGCAAGAGAUGGGAAGAAAAAGUCACCUUAUUGCUUGUUGCCCUUCCUAAACAACCAGCGUUAGGCCAGUAUUUGAUGAAACUGUACUGCUGAACAGCAUGCAAUCCAUACCAAGUUGCUUGAACGACAAACUCCGCUUACUCUGCUUACUUAACAUUCUUUGACGGGGAUGUCUUAAUUAACUUUCUCUAAUUGGCUGAGCAAAUAUUCAGGGUAAAUGAGUGGAAGUGCUCUCAUUUUUGGCUUUUCUUUUCUUCUUUUUUUUAUUUUUUUGCUAUUUUAAAAUAACGUCAUCAGUUCUUAUCACAUUGUCUCACUACGUGAUUUAAACUUACAGCCAUAUCUCUGUCGACAUUGCGUUUCGCUCAGCUAACGUUUGUCCAGUAUGGCCUGCGCUUUUACUGUUUUUUUUUUUUUUUUUUAGUUGAUGCCUAAUUAUGAGUCGGCUCUUUCUGUUCCUCUUAAUGAAUUUACUCUCUUUCUGGUGCCAUAACAGCUCAUUAGCUUGGCUUUUUUUUAAUUUUUUAAUUCAAGUAUAUACACAGAGUACAUACGCAUCAUUAUUUGACUUCUCUGCUUUAUUAAAACACUGGUUUACAGAAUUAUGGCGAGAGGACUUUGGGAAUUAGUUGAUAAAACCCCUCGACGAUGCUAUCCAGUGGAGCAUUAGUGCCUAUUUAAACGAAACCUACUUUAUAGUGGACCAAACAGGAAACUGACUGACUGACGAGUGUGAUCUGAGAGGGAAUAAACUGCAGCGGGUCUUGAAUUUGUGCAAAUUUAAAGCACUAAAGCUGGUUUAAAAGUUGGGGGAGGGGGGUUAAGAACCGCAAAUUUUUGUACCGGGUGCCGAAGCCUUGAUUCCAGAUCCAUUUUUACUGUAAACAUUAUGCAGCAGAUGAGGCAUACGGUUGCAUCUCAAUAAAUUAGAACUCUGCAAAUUGUUUUAAGUAACUUAAUUGAAAAGGUGAAACGCAACUAGAUCAUUACACACGGAGUGAUUUGUAUCAAGUUUGCUUGUUUUGAUAAUUCAUGGAAACCAAAACUGUUGUUUGUCCAAAAACUGGCUUAUUACAUGAGAUCAAAAAGGUUUUAUUUUUUUUAUUACCAUUAAGAAUCAGGUUGUAGAAGGUGCUAGUGUGAUGGUUAUGUAGCAGAAAGUUAAGGAAUCUGUUCAAAGGGCUGUAUCUAGGCAUAUUAAUGGAAAGUUUAGUGGAAGGAGGGGAAAAAAGGUUGUGGCGGGGUGAAGGUCAGGUGAGUUUGCCCCAAAUGAUCAGACUGAAAACUUUCCAAAGAACCUCAACCAACUUGGUGUAUGUGCCUCUCCACUCUUCCUUAAGACCCUUGGGAUCAUUUUGGGACCUUUUCUUUUUUUUUAAAUACUAAAUUUAGUUUUCAAUAUGAAUGGAGGACAUUGGACCAUUGAGCAACACUCCUGUUUCUGCCAUUGUCUCUAGCUUUCGAGUGGCUUAACACAAGGAAUUGGACCAUUGUGCUUCAUAUCCUGAGUACAUCUGUGUGGUGUGAGCUUGUACUAUAAUUUUUCCUUCCACCCAACUUUCCA